AUGACUGCAGAUAUGGAUACUCAGAAUGAAAUUGAUGAUAGUGGCCUUCCAGGUCCAGGAGCACCAACCCCACUUUCGGCCUUGGAGGGAGUGGCCGGUCUGACGGGCCGAGAUAUCAAAUUGUUCGUCGAUGCUGGCCUCCAUACAGUCGAGUCGAUUGCAUAUACACCGAAACGGUUGCUGGAACAGAUCAAGGGUAUCUCUGAGCAAAAGGCUACCAAGGUUCUGGUCGAAGCUGCCAAGCUUGUUCCAAUGGGCUUCACGACCGCAACGGAAAUGCAUGCACGACGAAGCGAACUCAUAUCCAUUACAACAGGAUCCAAGCAACUGGACACACUGCUCGGAGGUGGAAUUGAGACUGGCUCGAUUACGGAGAUAUUUGGAGAAUUUAGAACAGGUAAAAGUCAGAUAUGCCAUACGCUUGCCGUUACUUGCCAGCUGCCGUUCGAUAUGGGCGGAGGCGAAGGUAAAUGCCUUUAUAUCGACACUGAAGGAACAUUCCGGCCGGUGAGACUAUUGGCCGUAGCUCAAAGAUUUGGACUCGUUGGCGAAGAAGUUCUUGACAAUGUGGCUUAUGCUCGAGCCUACAACUCAGACCACCAGCUUCAGCUGCUGAACCAGGCGUCCCAGAUGAUGUGUGAAACCCGGUUUUCGCUUCUAGUUGUUGACUCGGCCACGUCGCUUUAUCGGACAGACUUCAAUGGUCGUGGCGAGCUGUCGACUCGGCAAACACAUUUGGCCAAGUUUAUGCGUACCCUGCAGCGUCUAGCAGAUGAAUUUGGUAUUGCGGUUGUCAUCACCAAUCAGGUCGUCGCCCAGGUCGAUGGCGGCAGUGCGAUGUUCAACCCUGACCCUAAAAAGCCUAUUGGCGGUAACAUUAUUGCCCAUGCCAGCACGACCAGACUUAGUUUGAAAAAGGGCCGAGGCGAGACUAGAGAGCACCGUCGGAAGAUCUGUCGUGGAAAGGCGGAAAAGCGCGUUGCUGAGGCCCGUGCCAAGACCAUGUUUUUUCUGAGCGGUGGAAGAGCUUCACCUUUUGUUCGUCACCCACCCCCGGACUGCAAACUCCCAUUCCUCUGCGACAAUCGGCCAUGGACACUUGAAGUAAUACAUUUCAAUAUCGUGGAAGGUGGUUUGCUGAAAUCCGACAUGGCGAAAAUUUACAAAGACACCCGGGUCGACCUCCGGCCAUACUCGCCGAACUCCGUCGUCAACAUCCAGAUCCCAAGCCAGGUGAACACGCACGGCCGCGCCCGAUUCUCGAUAUCCUCCCUCACAGGCCCCGAAGAAUCGAUCGCAAAGGAUGAAGAGGAGUUUUCGAAACGGUAUUUGGCCACUCAAGGAUCUGUCUAUUUCCGCAAACGCACUGUCUAUCCUCGAACGUUUUUGUGGAGGGUGGUCGAUGACAGCAAGGUGCUGGAGAUUCAGUGCGUGGACCUGACGAAGGGCGGAAUUGAACACCACGAAUACAAUGUGACGCUGCGCUUGGAUUUCCAAGAAGAGAUUCUUCCGUCGGGCGUUGGCUUUUCAGACCUGGAGGACCAUGAAAUUUUGAGCGUGUUUGUCAUUACUGCCUCGAAGCGGCUGCACACGUUGACCCUACGCCCGGACUUCUUUCGAAGGGCGACAGCAAUUGAAGAGAACAUCUCGGACUGGUGCAAAUCUUGUGUCCCAGCGCCUCUGACAUUUUCUUACCCUCACCGACUACACGCCAGCAGUCCGCUAGAGCUUUUCAUUUCCCUGGAUAACGGCUCCCUUUUGCGCCUAACUAGAAGAUCUGGCGAUGAUGGCUCACAAUGGUCCCCUCUGACCUUUGAUGAAAGGACUUGGGGGUCGUCGAUUCGAGGCUUAGUUAGGUGGAAUGCGCAGCCUUCGAUUAAAUACAAAGGUCGCAACCUCGACCUGAACCUGGCAAAUGCGAUUGCCACCACAUCCGAUCAGACCUAUGUUUUUGCGAUUUGUUUAAAUCACACCUUGAAGAUAUGGAAUCUUGCCACGAAUAAAUUGGUUGCGACAAAGGAUCUAUUGGGGCGCGAGGUACAACAGCCAGAUGCACCAUCAUACUCCCUCAAUCCGUCGGAGACUUCGUUUAUUCGUGUUUUUAAUGUGGAGAGGGCUCUAGAUGGAGGAUAUCGGUACUACCUCGUUACAUACUCUCCCUUUGAGGAUGGUCGCUUCAAAUUUUGGGCUAUAAAGGGGGGCUUGACAUCGCCACUGAUUAUUGAAGACCUUUUCCCUGAUGAUUCAUUGAGGCCGUUGGACCCGGACUCGACGGGGAAUAUGUUCUGGAGUAUCACGGAUUUCCAGGUCAAGCCCGCAGAGGAAGGCAGGGGAAUGGAGAUGUGGGUUCUCUGGAGAAACAGCAGCUUCUACCAGUUGUAUACGCUACACUUCAACUUUGAAACAUUGGUUACGAACUGGAAUAACAACUGGGUGUCAACCGUUAUGGAUAGUCGUGGACAGGAGCAGCCGCCGCCCCCUGCGCUUCCCGAUGUUGCAGACCCGACAGAAAAGUGGCUGAGCUUUCUUUUGCAACCGAACAGGUUUUCUCCAGAAGUACUAGAGACUGCCUUGGCUAUUUACCAGGAAGCUCUGAAGCCUUUGUCUUCCCCUAGUGUGUCGAAGAGAAACGGUCACCUUUCGGAACGACUCUGCUCCACCAUCACUGCCACCGUCUCUCUGCGGAGGUACGCUGACGAAGAAAUGGAUUUCACGCGGUAUCGGACAGACACCGAUUCUAAAUGGCGCCAAUUUUGGCAAAUCGCAGAUGAUAUCAAUAAGAGACGAUUCGAACCUGUUUCACUUGUGUACGACUCCUACUAUGAGACUCCAUGGCUGCUCCUUUCAGAUAGCUGUGCAGUUAUUCGAGAGUGUAGUUCUACAGAAUUGCUAUUGCAUAACUCGAGUUCAGUGCUGCUCGAAGAAGGGCCGAAGGUUGAGGAUCGUUGGAGGCAUAGGAACAUGAGCUCAGAGAUCGGGGACUUGUUUGAACAAGCUUCUCAUUUGAUCAGUGUCUCCUCAGGCUUCAGGAAGAGAUUUCCGGCGGAACUUGAGCUGGCUUGCCAAAGAGCCCUUGAAGCAGAGCUGUUUACCGAGCCGUCGUCAUCAGUCCCUGACAGGAUGGAUACGUUCCGUGAUCGAUGUGACUUUGGCGAGCAGAUUUCAAAUAAGAUGUAUGAAGGCUUGAUCGCUGCUAUGGACCCGUAUCUGAAUAUUUAUAAUCUGAGGAACGAGGUCUUCUAUACCAUUAUCGACACAAUCCCGCCUGGAUUUCCUGGCAAAGAUUCCGAUCUUUUAGCUACCCAUUUCGGCGUCAAGGUUACUGUUAACGGCGUGCAGGAGUCGAUCUUAUUUACACGACAAAUUCUUACCAAUCUCUUAGCUCUUGUCCUUUUUGUGGAUGGUGAGGUGCAGCAGGAGGAGGGAUCAACCUUUGAUGCCAGUAACCUGUUUGCCUCGCUGAUAACUCUUUUGAGAGAAUAUGAAAUGAUGCAUUGGCUAAGCUCGAAUUCCCGGAAGAGCUCUGGUAGAUCCGUUAAUGCUCCCGAGGAUCUGUCGGCCUCAGCAACCGUGGACUCACCCUCAAAAGCUAAAGACUCCAGAAUGGUGACCAUCUUGGAAGACUUAUUUGCUGCAGAUAUCAAACCCCGCCAGACUAUUGGCUUGCCUCAGAGCCAUACCUUGACACUUGGUAUUCGAGAUGUCCUGUCCUGGGUCACGCGUCCAGGGGAGGUAGCAUAUCCAAACGCCUUGGUCUACAUACAAUGUGAUCUCAUUGCGAAGAACAAUAUUGACCUUGCUUGGGAUUUCCUCCGUUUCCAAGCAAGUACGUCCUGGGCAACCUAUGUGAAAGGGCGCUUGUACGUGGCCAUGUCCGAAUUUGAUACUGCAGCUUUAUAUUUCCGGAAAGCUGCAUAUCUUCUCUCAUGCGGUAAACCUCUUGGUAAUUUGCACGAGAUGUCGUCCACCCUCCUAGACAUUGUCUCCGUGGACUGCUUCCAUAACGGCCUGCCCAAGUAUUUCCAGCAUAUCCUGUCUCUAUUCGAACAGGCUCGCUCGUUCUCGCAUGUUGCAGACUUCGCUAGCCUUGCACUGCAAGCGCUUGAGAGCGAAAGCGGAAACAAACAAGACACGGAAUAUGUCAGCUUGAGAACGGAUCUCCUCUCGCGCCUUUUCUAUGCUUCUCUUCAUAACUGCCAGUUUGACCAGGCCUACUCUGCACUCUCUCGAUAUAAGGACCUUGCGCUGCAAAAGUCCGCACUCGGGUCUCUUAUCACCGGUAUAUUGGCCGCAUCAGGCUCUGGGACUGCUGGGCUUCAGCAUAUUCUCCACUUCCCGACAUCCCUCGUUCCUAACAUUGCGUCCUAUGUGGACGAGACUUUAGUCUCACUUGCUCGAAAGCAAACAUCAUCUAGUUUCUAUUUAGAUGGUGGAAACCACUGGACUGACAACAGCCCGGAUUAUCAAAGGAUCUUGCAAGCGUAUCGUAUCGCGCGAGGUGAUUACCGUGGCGCCGCUGAAAUUGCAUAUCGGAAUGUUCAGCGACUCCGAGACACUCGAGACGGCUCGUCGGCUCGUCUGGUGUUGGCUAAAGGGCGAGAUACGGACGGCUUACCAGCCACUGCAGGAGAGGACGAUACGGAGAGCCAGGAGAUUAGACAUGAACUGUUGUCGCUGAUCAACCUGCUCAGCUGCGUAGACAAGAGCGAGUCUUACAUCUUAAUCGAGAAAGACGACCCCUCGAUGGUAGCUGUGCCGUCCGAUCGACGCCGCAGUAUACAGACCGAUGAUGGGGACGUAUUCAUGGACGACGCGGAGUCCGGCUCACCCACGCUCUACGGAUACAAACGCAGGCUCAGCUCCAGUGCAACCGUAAUUAGACCUUCCAGCCGCAGAAAUAGCAAAUCAUCCUUCACAGCGGACACUACCAUCCCCCGGCGUCGCAUCAUAGUCACUCUCGACCAUCUGCGCCGUGAGUACCAAUCCGAAUUAGAUCGGGUCAGCCGAAUCGAAAGGGGUGAUUGGGAGUUUGGGAUUAUUGAUACCGACGAGGCGGAUAAUGACGAUACGAUGCCACUCUAG